AUGAAGUACUCCUUGUCGCUCGUCCAUUUCGCGUUGCUGGCCAACGCGGUGCCGGUGAGGCAGGCCGACGGCGAAGCCUAUGCCGGAGGCCCCAACGGCAUGACGCAGGGUGGCUCGACCGGAUCGCAGCAGCACGGCCAGAUUCAAAGCAGCUGCACCGGCGUCAAGAAGGAGAUGCUGGAGAAGGCGCUGGGUGAUUGCGCCACCAGGGCCCGGGCGGCCCUGGAGACGUGCAAGGACACCAAGUCCGGGUCGGAGCUGGUGAAGCUCUUCUUCAAGAACGACGACGAGGGGACGCGCGCGCAGGCGGCCAAGGUCUUCGGGGCCAUCCUGAAGGAGUGCGAGGCCAAGGAGGCCGGAAAGACGACCAUCAGCUGCGGGGACGAGAUGAACCUCUGCCAUCAGGGUCAGAAUGGUUACACGAGCUCGGUCGGCGGACAGGGCAUCUUCAUCUGCGACCGCGGCUUCCAGACGUCGAGCAACCAGACCAAGAACUGCGGCAGUCACGAUCUUGCCUUUACCGUCCUGCACGAGAUGUCUCACUCGCAGGCCUGGACCGACGACCUUGGAAACGGCUACGGCAUGCAGGCGGUGACGAAUCUCCCCGCUCAGAUGAACCUUCGGCACGCCGACACCUACUCCCUCUUCGCCCAGGCGGUUUCCUUCAACUGCACGACGCAGGAGGCCAUGGCCGGCAUCUCGUCUCCUUCAAUGCACGGAAGGCCCGGCGCCGGUCAGAUGGCCGAUUCCGGAGGGGCCGGCCCUCUCCAGCAAGGCCAGAACGGCAACUACCAACAGGGCGGUGCCGUGAACGGCAUGAACGGGGGGCCAUCUGCGGCGUACGGCCCCGGUGCCGGUCAGGGCCAGCAAGGCCAGGUCGGCAAUUAUCAACAGAACGGUGCCGCGAACCAGGAGCCAUAUCCCGCCUACAGCCCCAAUCCCGGUUACAGCCCCAAUCCUCCCCCACCGGCCGGCGCCGGCCAAGGCAUGCAGGGCGGCAACUAUCAGCAGCCCGGGAUGCCCCCGUCGAACAUGAACGGCAACAGGGAGCAUGCCACGGGCGGCCAGGCUGAAGGCGAAGGGUACAAUAGCGUCGAGUCGGGCAAGGGCCCGAGCGGAUCCGAACACAGCAACGGCCAGGGCGAGCAGAAGACUCCACCGUCGGCCGAGGCCGUCGAGGAGAGCUACGAUACCGGUGCCGGCCGCGAAGGCGCCGAGAUGGCCGCUCCGGCCGGAAUCAAGGGCAAGACCCCUGGCGGCGGCAACCCUCUGGGACAUUCUGCCGAGAAUGGCGACUGUCCAGAGGAGCAAGGUCGCCCUCCCUACGGUCCCGGAGGCGGCAUCAACACGGCCGGAGGCAUCAUGAACCGGCCCGGAGGGAAAGCCAACGGCCCCCCCAGUAGCCCCGAAGGCCAGACCACAUACGCCGAAGGCGAGAAGCAGCCCGAAGGCGAGGUCAGGCAGCCCGAAGGCGAGGUCAGGCAGCCCGAUGGCGAGGUCGGGCAGCCCGAUGGCGAGACCACAUACUCCGAAGGCGAGGCCAAGCAGCCCGAAGGCGAGGCCAUGCAGCCCGAAGGCGAGACCAACUACUCCGAAGGCGAGGCCAAGCAGCCCGAAGGCGAGACCACAUACUCCAAAGGCGAGGCCAAGCAGCCCGAAGGCGAGGCCAUGCAGCCCGAAGGCGAGACCAACUACUCCGAAGGCGAGGCCAAGCAGCCCGAAGGCGAGACCACAUACUCCAAAGGCGAGGCCAUGCAGCCCGGAGGCAACGUCCAAGGCCCCGGAGGCAAGACCAAAUACCCCGGAGGCAAGGCCCAAGGCCCUGGAGGCGAGACCGGCUCCCUAGACUAUUAG